AUGACAGAUAACGUGUACGUCGUAGGCUUUGGAAAAGCCGUGAUGGGUAUGGCAGUAGCUUUGGAAGAGCUACUGGGUAAUCGCUUGAUGAAAGGAAUAGUUAGUAUACCAAGAGGCUCAAAGGAUAAUUUUAAUUUUAAUAUAUUAAAUAAUACAGUCCCUGGUGUAAUAAAUUAUGUAGAGACCAGUAUCAAUAAUGAGCCAGAUAAUGACACUGUGUCAGUAACCCGGGAUAUAAUUGAGUUGGUUAAAUCAUUAAAUGAAACUGACACUUUGAUAGUUUUGAUAUCAGGCGGUGGUUCAGCUUUAUUGUCGAUGCCUAAGCCACCUGUAACUCUUGAUGAAAAGCUUAAUAUUUCCCGGAAAUUAUUCAAUUCAGGAGCUGAUAUCAAAGAAGUUAAUUUAAUUAGGCAAAAAUUAUCGGUUGUUAAAGCCGGAGGUUUAGCGUUUAUGGCUCAUCCCGCUUUUGUAAUUGGAUUAAUAUUAUCAGAUAUUAUUGAUGAUCCAAUGGAAUUAAUUGCUAGUGGACCUACAGUCAAUAAUUUAAUACAAGUUGAUAUUAUUGAAAAAAUAUUUAUAAAAUACAAUCUUUUGAAUCAAUUGAGUGAUAAUUUAAAAAUAAUUCUUUUUUCUGACCCAAUAAUUUCUCAGCAAGGAAUAAAUCACGUUAAAAAUUUUAUUAUUGGCAACAAUUUAUUAGCAAUUGAAAAUGCAAAGCUAGAAUGCACGCGCAAAAAAUUAACUUCUGUAAUAUUAUUUAUUAAUAUUAAAGGACUAAUUACACAAAUUAGUAAAAUGUACGCUAAAUUAUCUAGCUUAAUUUGUAAAACUUUUUACGAAUCAAUUUCAAUAGAAAAUUUCAACGAGUUGAUUAAAAAUGAUCCUGAUUUAUUAUUGCUAAGCAGCAAAGCAGGAGAAAUUUAUCAAGCUACUAAAGACGUUGAGGAAGGAUUGGUUCUUAUUGCGGGUGGAGAACCUUCGGUGCUCGUAACCGGAUCGGGAAAAGGAGGAAGAAAUCAAGAACUUGCUUUGAGAUUUUCGCGAGACUGGUUUAAAAUUGCUGAGUAUGAGAAACUGGUUAAGUUAUUUGAUGUGGUAUUGCUGAGUGUUAGCACGGAUGGUCAGGAUGGCCCGACUGAUGCUACUGGCGCAUUUGGUUACGCUGAGAUCUAUUCGGUGGCAAAUGAAUUAGUGGAAUUGAUGAAGAGUAAAUUUUUAAAUGAAGCUGAGGAUGAAAUCAUGAGUACUAGAGAAUUUGUUGAGAAAGAGAUGGAACAUGUUGAUGUUGGGAAGGUUUUGGAGAAUAAUGAUUCUUAUAAUUUUUAUUCUAGAUUUAAUAAAGGGAAUGAUUUGGUAAAAACUGGACUCACUGAUAAAUUUCCAGAAAAAAAUAAAUAA